AUGCCAGACCCGGCCAAUGACGGCAACGUCAACCCGCCCGCAGCGGGUGCGCCUGCGCCGCGCACCACCCGCAGCCGCGGCGGCGUCUCGACGGGCGAGUACAACAACAUGCUCAACGCCCGCCUCGCCGCCAAUGCCACGCCCUUCGGUAUCUGGGCGGCUGCGGCGGCCGCAUCCCCAUCGUCGUCGGUCUACCGCAACACCACGGAUCAGUGCGUCGCGUACAUGUCGAGCGUGGACGGCCAGAUCAUGCCCAUGCCGGACAACAUCGUGCCCAAGCACUACAAGGACUGUGAAGGUCUUCAGUGA